AUGCAACGAGUCCAGCCUCGAAAGCGAUCGAAAUCUUGGCUUCCGAAAUGCUGCGGGUCGGCCCAAAAAGGUGACAAUGAGAUUGACAAUCUUGACUGUUCAAAGGAAGUUCACGCACCUGUGGACAGCUCCACAACGCAGAUUGUGGAUGAAUGGGACCAGGAUAUGCUCAAUGUCAGUGAUCCAGCUGCACCUGUAUGGCUUCGAGAUACCAACCAGUGGUCCGAAUCAGAGCAGAAGCAGCCAGAGGUGCCUCUUUUGGAGCAGGUGCCGGGUUACGCAACGUCGCCUGUGCCGGGAGUUCCUCCAGGAAAUCCGCUAGAUCUGCUUGGAGGAGGCCGCAGCUGCAGUGUGCCUUUGCCAAGAGCUUUCAGGGACGAAGAAACACAGCCAAGUGACCGGAAGCCACGGAAGUACACUGAGGAUUUCGAGUCGUCUACAGGCAUGGAUCUUGUGCGUGCCAAUCUGCAAAGUUGCAUGCUGAAACACACCGAGCUGCCUUUAUCAGAUGUCCUUCAGGCAAAGGUGUCUGCCGUCAGAGCCAUGGUGGAGGCCACAGCAUCCUAUCGCUUUGAGCAUGCAAAGCAGCUGAAACAUUUGCGGGAUGUGCUGACCAAAGAGCAGGCUUCCAUGUGGGUGCGUUUGGCUCGGUCCAAGCAGCUCCGGGAGCAAAUUGCUGCUCGUGUGCAGGAGGCGGUUCAGGCCGAAGACUUCAACAAAGCGGAGGAAGUGUAUCAGCUUCAGCGUUUGGCAGAGGAGUGUAUUCAAGGCUUUCAGCUGGAUCCGAGACAAGGUGGAUCCGUGGAGUUGUCCAACGGAUCUAUUCUCCUAGGACCAGCAUCAGAUCUUGGCCUUCUAGAAGGUGAUUUUACAGUCGAAUUCUGGAUGCGCUGCCAGGACUUGAUGAAAAGGCAGCCCUUGGUCACAAGCUCCUUAUCUCAUCCUGGAUGCUUCCCGUCUGUGUAUGCAAAGCCUGGUGGAGGCCUCGAACUGGUCGGGGAACACACGCAUUCCUCGAGGAUGCCGUUUCAGCAGAAACGACAAUGGACGCAUGUAGCGAUAACCUGGGCCUUUGAUUCCAGCGAAAAUGAUUUCAAGGUGACGAUCUUCAAGGAUGGAGUGCAGGUGGCCCUUGGCACUGAGAUUUUGGCCAUCAACAAAGACUCAGAGCUCCGGUUAGGACCAUUCUCUGGGAACUUGGCCGAGUUCCGUGUUUGGGACCAUGCCAGGUCUGCCAACGAGAUCGAACUUUCCAGCUUUCGGCACUGUGGUGGUGAAGAGAGUGGCCUUGUUUGCUGCCUCAGUUUGCGUCCCGGCCGUGGCUUGUCAGACUCUGCAUUAGAUCCACAAAAUUCUUUGGCUUCUGGACACUCCUUUUCGGAUCGAGGACACUGUGAAGGUGAGAUCACGUGGGAUGGUGAUUGUCCAAGACUAUUGGAAUCGCACGCCGAAUUGCCCAUGGAGCCAGCUGCUGAGUGCCCACUUUGUGCCAUCCCGUAUGUGGACGGAUCGCAAUAUUGCCGAGAAUGUGGACAGAAACGGCCCUUGAAGCAGGCCAAACCAAGUUUGUUCCAGCUCGAAAGUGAUCCAUGGACGGAUGAAAGCUUGCAGCGGGCAUGGGCGUGGCUAGAUGGUUGGCACGAGACGGAGGCGAGUCACCGCCGCAGUCAAGCAGAAGACAGAGAAGUAGAACGGGAACAACGGCAGGUUCAGGAGCAGCAGAGAAAGGCGUACAUCGAGUGGCAAGAACAGCAGAGGCUCAAAGAGGAGCAAGAAGCAAAAGCCAAGCAAGAAGAGGCGCAAUUGCGCUUGGGGGGAUCUCCAGCUUCGAACAACAAAUGGUUGUGGGCCAAAGGUCACAGCACCGGAGUCUGA